GGCCUCUGGCCCUUUAAGUAUUGAUUAAGAGACAACCUUUAAAGCUGGGGAGUAGGGCAGGUUAGUGCUGGUUUUUUCUUUACAUCCUAGUGGAUCAGGUAAGGGAGUGGGUCCUGGGAUGGACCUCUCCUCUGACGUAAUUUCAGCCUCCUCCAAAUAAGUACUCUCUUGUUCCCCACCCUGGAGAGCAGGAUGGACAGACUGACUUAUUCCUGCUACUGUUUCUGUUUGUUUUGAUGCAAAGAGGCCAAGUUAGGAGACCUCCCUAAAUCCAGGAGCUCCUCCAGAAGAAGCAACACAGAAUCGGCCUGCCUGCCUUUGUGUUUGUGUUUUUUUUUUUUUUUUUGUUUUUUUUUUUUUGCUAUUUUCUUGCCCUGCCUUUGCAGCUGUGGAGCCAGGAUGUGGUUAUCUGUGUGAAAGGAAAGGGUCACAGUGCGUCUUUUGGAUGUGGGCUGGAGUGUAUUGCUGAACGCCAAUCCAUUCAGGAUGGUCCUCCUCAGCAUCCUUAGAAUCCUCGUUAUUUGGGGCCUGGUGCUUUUUAUGGAACACCGUGGUCAAAUGGCAAAGGUAGGGCAGCCAUCCAUGGCCCUCCUGGCUGAAGCGCCCACCUUGCCCCUGAUUUGGGAACUGCUAGAAGAAGUCCCUGGCAAGCAGCAGAGCAGACCACGUGUCCUAGGGCAUCCCUUGCGGUACAUGCUGGAGUUGUACCAGCGUUCAGCUGACAUGCGUGGGCACCCUAGGGAGAACCGCACCAUCGGGGCAACCAUGGUGAGGCUGGUGAGGCCCUUGGCCAACGUGGCAAAGCCUCUCAGAGGCCCCUGGUAUAUACAGACUCUGGACUUUGCUCUGAGACCAAACGGGGUGGUGUACCAUCUAGUCCGAGCCACUGUGGUUUACCGCCAUCAACUCCACCUAACUCGCUACCACCUCUCCUGCCAUGUGGAGCCCUGGGUCCAGAAAAAGCCAACUAACUACUUUUCCCCUUCAGGAAGCGCUUCCUCAAAGCCAUCCCUGCUGUCCAAAGCCUGGGUGGAGAUGGAUAUCACACAGCAUAUUCAACAUAGGCUCUGGAAGCACAAGGGGCGCAGGAUUCUCCGGCUCCAGUUCAUGUGUCAGCAGCAAAAAGGUACUGAAGUUGUCGCGCACCGCUGGCAUGGCACUGCAUCCUUGGACAUUGCCUUUUUGUUACUCUACUUCAACGAUACUCAUAGAAGUGUUCACAAGGCAAAACUUCUCCCCAGGGGCUUGGAGCAGUUCAUGGAAAAGAGUUCUUCUCUUCUCCUGCGGAGGGCCCGGCAAGCAGGCAGCAUUACGCCUGAGGUUUCUGGCCCCUCCCGGGAGCGUGAUCAGCCUGAAAGCAGCCAGUGUUCCCUCCACCAUUUCCAAGUCAGCUUCCACCAACUGGGAUGGGACCACUGGAUCAUUGCACCUCAUCUCUAUACCCCAAACUACUGCAAGGGGACCUGCCCUCGAGUACUCCGCUCUGGUCUCAAUUCUCCCAAUCAUGCCAUCAUCCAGAACCUUGUCAAUGAGCUGGUAGACCAGAGCGUCCCUCAGCCCUCCUGUGUCCCUUAUAAGUACGUUCCCAUUAGUAUCCUUCUGAUUGAGGCAAAUGGGAGUAUCUUGUACAAGGAGUAUGAGGACAUGAUCGCCCAGUCCUGCACUUGCAGGUGACGACAAAGGUAUAGCAGUGUCAAGUGCCCCAAGCAAUUGGAGAAGGAUUGAAAAUAAAGAAAUACAU